AAAAGAGUCCAAAAAAAAGCAGGAAAGGAGUUGGAGCCGGGAAUUUUCCUGCCGGGAUCAUUCCCAUGGAUUCCCGGCUGAUCCCAAGGUCCCGCUGGAAUGUGGAUAACGAUGGAGAAUUCCCGCUUCCGUGAAAACCGUGGAGCGAGGAAUUCCCGCGGCAUUCCCAAAGAUCCCGGCUGGGAGCGAUCCCACAUUUCAGGCUGCCCAAAUCCAGGGACAAUUCCAGGGAUAAUGGGAAAGACCUGGAGCUGAUCAAGAAUUCCAAGGAAAAGCGACGCCGUUGUUCCCUAAAAACCGGGAGCAGCUUCUCCCGACGAAAUUCCGGGAGAUUUUGGAAAUAAAAUUCCAAAAAGGAUAAAAAGAGCAAAUGAAAUUUAAAAUUUAAAUUUAAAAUUCCAGAGGUGUUUUCCCCAAAAAACCUGCGUCCGUCGAGAUAUCCCAGAUUUUUUUCUCCCGGUUUUUGGCGAUGUCCGAGGCUGGAAUAACGGGAUCCCUGCUCCAAGAGGAGGAAAACUUCUCCUCCUGCCUGGCCCGGAUCGACGCCCUCAUCCUCAAACCUCUGCUCCAGGCAGAGCCCAAGGAUCCGAAGGAAAAGGAGAACUUCCGGCUCUUGGCGCUCCUCAACGAGCGCUUCCAAGCCCUCUGGAAUUUCACGGAGGAGAAUUCCCGGAUCCUGAGGGGAAAAUGCGGCAGCUCCGAAUCCGGCUGCAUCCAGGAUUUUUACAUCAUCUGGAAAGGCGACCUUUUCCUGAGCCUCUGCAUCCAGUAUUUCGUCGCCUUCGCCAACUUUGUCGUCGUGCAGGGAUUCGAACAGGCCGCCAAGAGCAGGAGCGAGGCCUGGAAGCUCCACAAGCCGGUGCUGAAACAAUUCCUGAGGGAUUUCACCUCGGAGAGCUCCCUGGCCUUGGCCCUGCAUUCCGUGCUCCACAAACCCCUCCGGAAUCACAUCCAGAGCUACCUCCGGCUCCUCUCCCAGCUCCAGGAGCAGCUCCAAGAGGAAUGCGAGAAGGACGUGGUGGGCUCGGUUCUGCGGGAAUUCGGGAAGCUGGAAUCUUUCAGCAGCCAGGUCCUGGAUGAGGCCUGGCUCACCAAGGAGCUGUGGAAAUCCUUGGGAUACAAAUUUACCGACGUGCUGUGCGUUCCCGAGAGGAGGCUCCUGGAGGACAGCAGGAACCUGCCCGUGGCUGCCGGCGCCGCCCGCUCCGAGCGCAUCCUGCUCUUCGACGACGUCCUGGUGCUGAUCCAGGGAAACAGCUUCCAGAGUUUCGAUCUGAAGCUGGUGUGGGUGGAUGAAAAGUGCGGAGAGAAAUCGGCUCCGGGAUCGUACGGACUGCGCAUCACAACUCCGGAAGAAACCUUCGUCCUCUCCGCCAAGGAGCCCCAAAUAAAGGCCGCGUGGCGCUGGAAGCUGGAGCAGGCCGUGCGCCAGGCGCUCCACGGCAAGCGGGAUUUCCCUCUCUGGGGCCACGCUGGCCAAGGCGGCGCCGCUCCGAGCCACCGCUUCUUCUCCUACACCUUCGGCGCGGCCGGCCGGCUCCGAGGGGCCACCUACGAGGGCGAGUGGCGCUGGGGGAAGCCCCAUGGCAAGGGGACACUGAGGUGGCGCGAUGGACGCAACCACGUCGGGGAUUUCCAGGAGGGCCUGGAGCACGGGUUUGGGAUCUGCCUGGUCCCGCGGCGCUCCGAGGACCGCUACGACUGCUACAAGUGCCACUGGUACCAGGGCAAGAUGAGGGGCUACGGAAUCUGUGAGUAUGGGAAUGACACGGUCUACAAGGGCUACUUCAAGGACAACGUGCGCCAAGGCUUUGGGAUCCUGGAGAACUUCUCGGCCGAGCAUCCCUUCAAAUACACGGGACAAUGGGAAAACGACAAAAAGAAUGGAUAUGGGAUCUGGGAAGACAGGGAGAGAGGCGAGAGAUACAUCGGGAUGUGGCUGGAUGACCACAGGCACGGAGCCGGCAUCGUGGUGACCCAGUCAGGGAUCUGCUUCCAGAGGACAUUCCAUGCCGAUAAAAUGGUGGGUUCCGGAAUUCUGCUGCUGGAAGACGACUCCGUCUACGAAGGGAACUUCACGGAAGAUCUGACCUUCGUAGGAAAGGUGGGAAUCUCCUCCCUCUCCUCCCGGAAUUGCCGCGUGGAUUCAUCAGCCAAGGGUCCUUCCGGGAAAAAAAAAAAAUCCCCCUUUGCCUGGGUUUCGGGAUCUUUUUAGCGCAGAAGGAGCGGA